AUGAGACGAUAUUUCUCCGGAUAUGGGGAUGGGAGUUUCAGUUCUUCUUCUGCUCACUGUGGGACCUUGGGUGGUGGAGACGGGAGAUUUGGAGGGUUUGGUCAUGGGUAUGGUAGCAGGAGCCUCCACAACCUUGGAGGGUUCAGGAAUGUCUAUACUGGUGGAGGCUACAGAGGAGAAGGAGUAAGAUAUGGGAGAGGCCUUGGCUUUGGUGGCUGGAGACAACCUGAGAGAGGCUUUGGUGGAAGAGGAUAUUUCGUGGGAGGUUUUCAGAGUGGUAAAACAGGGCUUGGUAGCACCUACAGAGAAAGUUCAGGCAGGGAGAUACUCAGAGGAGGCCUUGGCACAGGGGAACAAGGGGCUGGACAGGGACUGGGACUGGGACAGGCUGGAGUUCUCCGAGGCAUUGAGGAGGUCCAUGUCAACACCAACCUGCUGAGGCCAAUACAGCUCCAGGUGGACCCUGAGUUCCAGCGAGCGCGCUCAGAUGAGAAGGAGCAGAUCAAAGCUCUCAACAACAAAUUUGCAUCAUUCAUUGAGAAGGUUCAAUGUCUGGAACGGCAGAAUCAGGCACUCUUGGCCAAGUGGGAACUUCUGCAGCAGCAAAGCUCUGGCCCUGAGGAGAGCAGGAACAUCAACAGCUUCUUCCAGUCCUACAUCACCAACCUGCAGCGGCAGCUUGAGACCCUCCAGAGCCAGAAGGAGCAGCUGGAUCCCGAAGCCUACAACAUGCUCCAGCUUGUUGAGGAUUAUAAAAACAGAUUCGAGGAUGAGAUCAACAAACGCACAUCCAAGGAGGAGGAAUUUGUGGAGCUUAAAAAGGAACUGGAUAGUGCCUACAUGGGAAAAAUGGAGUUUGAGGUCCGAGUGGAUAUCCUGAGGCAGGAGUUGGAGUUCCUUCGGUGUUUAUAUGAAGCUGAGCUGUCCCAGCUGCAAACAGUUGUUGGGAGCGUUGAUGUUAUUCUGUCCAUGGACAACCAAAGGGACCUGAACAUGGAUGGAAUCAUCGAGGAGGUCAGGCGGGAAUACGAGGGGAUGGCCAACAGGAGCACAGCUGAAGUGGAUGCCAUGUACCGGGGCAGGUACCAAGACCUGCAGAACAUGUGGGUGAGUCAACGAGAGCAGCUGAGGAACAGUCACCAGGAAAUCCAGGAACUUGCCAGGCAGAUCCAAAGACUCCAACCAGAAAUUGAAAUCACAAGGAAAAGGAAUUCCAGCCUUCAGGACUCUAUUAAAGAUGCUGAGCAACGUGGGAGCUCAGCUGUCAAGGAUGGCCAGGAAAAGCUAGAGGAGCUUGAAAAUGCCCUCCAACAGGCCAAGGAUGACCUUUCUCAGCUUGUGCAUGAUUACCAGGAGCUCCUGAAUCUGAAGCUGGGCCUGGACAUUGAGAUAGCCAUGUAUCGAUCACUCCUCGAAGAGGAGGAGAACAGGUGGGGGCAAAAUCCAUCUUGGGUGAAACACCCAGACAACGCAGCAUGUCCAUGGAACUGUCACUGGGAUCUCUGGGAUGCACUGGGCCUGGGAGGAGUCACCUUUCUGCAGAUCAUGGAUAAAGCCUAACCUG